AUGGCCGCACUCAACGACACGGACAACAGCAGCUCAGAAGACCUCGCCUCCCCGCGCCGCUCGCACAUCCACUUCGCCGCUGAGCAGCUGCAGCUUCAGCAGCAACCCCUACACCGCCGCUCCCCGCACCCCUACAGCCGGCGGCGCCGCCGCGCGGACCUGCUCAGUUCGGAAUUCGGCUCCAGCGACUACAGCUCGCGCUGGGUCCGCAGCCAGCGCACGUCCAGCGACAGCGGCACCGACGCGGACGACGAGGGCAAUGGCAUCCUGAAGAGCCUGCCUGCGCCGCUGUUUGCGGAUGCGAGCGACAACGAUGACGACGGCGUGUGCACGGGGAGAUUGUUCAGGAGGGCUAGUCGGAGUGCAGGGGGAACUCGGAGGCGCGCUGGUGAUAAUGCGGAUGCGCAGUCUUUGUAUCCGGGCCGGUGGAGUGGGACAAAGUGGGUGGUGGAGCUGCUGCGGAGAGUGUGUGAGACCAUCUGGCUGCUUACGGUGGCUGCGACGGCGCUUCUGCCGGAUGAAGCGCGGUAUGUUACUGGUUUCUGGCGGCGUGAACUAUGGAGUUUUGUCCUUUUGACCACAGGCCUAUAUGUCCUCCUGCCUAUACGAAUAUAUCUCCGCAGGUUGCGCUGGUCGGCGUUUAAGAGAAUUGCCUUCUUUCCCUUCUCGAGCGACUUUGAUCCUGCUCCGCUAAUAUACCCUAUAUACCUCCCUGUGCUGGUGGCCGUCUCACUGGGAAAGCGAUGCCACACUCUAAUUUUACCAAAUAUCAUACUCGGACUGUCAUCGUUACCGGCGUACUCCGUUCCCCUUCAAUAUAUGCUCAAUGGUAACAGUGUCUCGCAUUGGGUGGUGACUGUCAUCCCGCUGAUCGCGGCGGAGUUCGGGUUUGUGGGGGAGGACCCUGCGAGAGUGCUUUCGUUGCUCGACCUAGAUCCCGAAAGCCUAGUUCUCCUUUUCCCUUUACACCAAGCGCUAGUGUCUGUGUUGCAAUCUCUAGUCUCGACAAGUCUCCUGCCGGCCGAAAUUCCGCUCCUGGCUACUGGAUUGAUCAAUGCCAUGCUUUUUACGGUUUCGCCCCAAGGCGAGAUUUUCAAAGGAGUUAUUUUGCUUGGAGGAAUCAGCAUCUUUAUUUCUUGCAGACAAGUUCUUCGUUGGGGGCUAGUGCUGGCAAGAAUCCCUUCUUGGAAAUUUCGGCGUCCCUCGCGUGGAAAAAUUAGUUCGCAAGGGCUUUGGAAUAUCAUUGACCGCCGUGUAUGCCAGAAAAUCUACGGGCCGUUCAAAGCCGGAUAUGGGUCGCAAUCAGAUGAUGCUGACGGCUGGGUGAUUUCAGCAAAUGCGAAUGUGGAUUUCCACUAUGGGCUCAAGCUGGACACUCAGUUUGAACGUGUACCAGAGCGAAUGUCGGCCAGUUUGAAGCUUCAGAACUCACUUUCUGCUGUGGACAAGCCUAAUCCAGAUCCGAUCUUUGGCAGCGAAAGAAGCCGUCCGGUUGGCAGGCGACGAAACACCUUUUCAACCGCAGAUGAUGUGAAAACCACGCCGAGCGGUCGUCGCAAGCGAUCCCUACCCCCUAGCCUUCAGCCAUUCUUGUCGUUAACAUCGGUGCAGGCCGAAGUUCGCAAACGGGCCUACGCUGCAUUUGUGUACCUUGCAAUCCUUUUAAUCAUACUUAUUCCAGUCCGAUUAUAUAUCAAGCAGAAUGCCCUUCAGGGCCAAGAACCAUUUGGCUGGGCGAUUGGCUACCUUUUUGGGAAUAUCCCUUCAGUGCGACUCUGGCUGGUGAUGUCUAGGCUUGAUGGAUGGGCGUGCCUACCUUCGUGGACUAGCGGGUCAACGGCGUUUUGCCGCCUAGGCUGGAUCGAACAUCAACGACAAGAUACAUUCGGAGAAGCGAACACACGACUCUUGAUCUGUGCGUACUGCGUGCUAGUUUUAUGUGUGGGAAUGGCGCUCGUCUUCCGGCUUAGUGCUGUUGUUGAAGUGGACACACGGCGCAAAAUAUUCCAUGGCAUGAUGGUUGCAAUGUUCCUACCCACGACGUUUAUUGAUCCAGCGUUUACUGGCCUGGCAUUUAUGCUUGUGCUAGCUAUUUUUCUUCUACUAGAAGUUUUCAGAGCGUCACAGCUUACCCCGGUGUCUAGACCGAUCACGUACUUCCUUGCACCUUAUGUUGAUGGAAGAGACUACCGUGGGCCUGUCGUCAUUUCGCACAUUUUUUUGCUGAUUGGCUGCGCCAUUCCCCUCUGGCUGUCCCUUGCGGGUGCACAGCAUACGGGAAGCAAACCCUGGGCGGGAUGGGAGAUUGAAGGCCGAGAUGUGAGUAUGGUUAGUGGAGUCAUCUGUGUCGGCAUGGGCGAUGCCGCAGCUUCACUAGUUGGCCGGCGAUACGGACACAGAAGGUGGUUUUGGGGUGGGGACAAGAGCAUAGAAGGCAGCAUCGCAUUUGCUCUCGCUGUCUACGUGGGGAUCAUGGUAGCAAAGAUGUGGCUUGUGGUAGGAGGCUGGCGUGCCGAAUUCCCAUUACCGACAACUGCGAUCAGCGCCUUUGUUGCAGCACUAGGGUCGAGCUUUACAGAAGCUGUUCUCACAGGGGGAAACGAUAAUGUCGUCGUCCCGUUGGUGCUAUGGUUGCUUGUACGGGGCUUGGAGUUGUAA